GUGUAUCGAUUGUCGUCGGUGGAACAGUGCCGAAGGGGCUUUCGUUUUGGUCGGCUCGGUUUGUUUUGGUUGAUCCAGCGCCGAAAGGGAAAACGUUUUCCGCGAUUUUCCACUCUCUUCGGCAUGUCGGCCCUUGAGAAGAAAAGAUACGAUUGCACCGCCCUUCCAAAGGGCUGGCAGAGGGAAGAGAUCACGAGGAAGUCGGGACUCUCCGCCGGGAAAGUCGACGUCUGCUACUACAGCCCCGAGGGUCAGAAAUUUGAAAGCAAGCCGCAGCUCGUCCGCGCAAUAAGCGACACCGUCGACCUGACGGCGUUCGACUUCUCGACCGGCAAGUGCAAUAACAGCCUCCUGGUGCGGAGGCACAAAAAACCAAGAGCUAACCAGUUUGACUACAGCAGCCGAGGGAUGCGGAAUGAUGCCUCCCUGGUGCCUCCGAUUAGACAGACAGCGUCCAUAUUUAAGCAACCAGUGACUCUGUACCGCACCCAGGAGGGUAAGACCAAAUCGGAGUUUGGAAAACAUGGAAACCAAGAAAAGCCCAAGCAGUUGUUCUGGGAGAAACGACUCGAAGGGCUGAGGGCGAGUGACAUAGAUGGUUCAGAACUCAAAGGAAUGGAACUACCAAGGAAUUUGAAAUCAGUCGGACCAAAUGUCAAUGACGAGACGCUACUACAGUCCAUGGCCACUGCUUUACACGUCCUCGGUCAGCCUAUAACAGGCCAGCUGGGAGCGAAAGCCUCCCUUGAGAAAAAUCCAGGCGUUUACCUCAACCCUGAGCAACCACUUGUUCAGGCCGUUUCAAUCACUGAAGAAGAUAUUAAAAGACAGGAAGAGCGAGUCAACCUUGCCCGGAAGAGGCUUGAAGAUGCUAUGAAAGAGCUGGAAGGCUAAACAAUUUUCUACAUCUUUUCCAUUUUAGAAAGAAACCAAUUUUUUGUAUAUAGGUUUUUGUUUAGUAUGAUUUUCUUGUAUUUAUUUCAAUUUUAUAUUUUUGAGGGAAAAAAAUUAUGCAUUUAUCGAUCUCAUUGACAGACUUGACAUUCUUCAAACUGUCAGACGAUUUCAUUUAAAUUAUUUUUUGAAUUAUUAUAAAAUAUUUUGUACUUAACUUACGACACUGAAAUUCACAGUAUUUUUAAUACAACUAUUUAUGUAACGCGUCAAGACUUGCUCAACAGAAAUGUCCAAACAUUUUUAGAAUGUACAUGUAAAGUUUUUUUUUAUUCUAAAAGAAAUGAUUAAACUAUUUAUUGAUGUUGUGAAAUUUCUGUGAUCUGACUUAUAUUUUUCUUAUUUGAAAUUUUUAAUAUUUACACUAUUUAAUAAUUUAUAUUUUUAAAAGCUCAACCCUGGUGUUGAUGCCAUCUUUCAAACUUUUUGUCAAUCUUUAUGUACCUGAAUUUAAUCAUAAAAUUAAAUUGUGUAUUUAAUUUGUUUUAAAAACAAAAGGUAAUCCUUGAUGUUCUUAUGAGAUGGUUUAUAAAUAUUUCUCUUCAGAAUUUCUUCAUCCUAAUAUAACUUCUUUUUUAAAUUUAUUAUUUCUGUUUGAAAAAAUUGUU